GCUUUAACUCAGCACAUGAUGAUUCACACUGGUGAAAAGCCGUUUUCAUGUGUGACCUGUGGAAAAGGUUUUAGUCACAAACAGGUUUUAACUCGGCACAUGAUGAUUCACACUGGUGAAAAGCCGUUUUCAUGUGUGACCUGUGGAGAAAGUUUUAUUCGAAAACAGGAUUUAACUCAGCACAUGAGGAUUCACACAGGUGAAAAGCCGUUUUCAUGUGUGACCUGUGGAAAAAGUUUUAUUCAAAAACAGCAUUUAACUGGACACAUGAGAACUCAUACAGGUGAAAAGCCGUUUUCAUGUGUGAACUGUGGAAAAAGUUUUGGUUAUAAACUGGCUUUAACUCGGCACAUGAUGAUUCACACUGGUGAAAAGCCGUUUUCAUGUGUGAACUGUGGAAAAAGUUUCGGUUAUAAACUGGCUUUAACUCGGCACAUGAUGAUUCACACUGGUGAAAAGCCGUUUUCAUGUGUGAACUGUGGAAAAAGUUUCGGUUAUAAACUGGCUUUAACUCAGCACAUGAUGAUUCACACUGGUGAAAAGCCGUUUUCAUGUGUGACCUGUGGAAAAAGUUUUAGUCAAAAACCGCAUUUAACUAAGCACAUGAUGAUUCACACUGGUGAAAAGCCGUUUUCAUGUGUGACCUGUGGAAAAAGUUUUGGUUAUAAACCAGCUUUAACUCAGCACAUGAUGAUUCACACUGGUGAAAAGCCGUUUUCAUGUGUGACCUGUGGAAAAAGUUUUAGUCAAAAACCGCAUUUAACUAAGCACAUGAGGAUUCACACUGGUGAAAAGCCGUUUUCAUGUGUGACCUGUGGAAAAGGUUUUAGUCACAAACAGGUUUUAACUCGGCACAUGAUGAUUCACACUGGUGAAAAGCCGUUUUCAUGUGUGACCUGUGGAAAAAGUUUUAUUCAAAAACAGCAUUUAACUGGACACAUGAGAACUCAUACAGGUGAAAAGCCGUUUUCAUGUGUGAACUGUGGAAAAAGUUUUGGUUAUAAACUGGCUUUAACUCGGCACAUGAUUCACACUGGUGAAAAGCCGUUUUCAUGUGUGAACUGUGGAGAAAGUUUUAGUCAUAAACCGACUUUAACUCAGCACAUGAUGAUUCACACUGGUGAAAAGCCGUUUUCAUGUGUGACCUGUGGAGAAAGUUUUAGUCAUAAACCGACUUUAACUCAGCACAUGAUGAUUCACACUGGUGAAAAGCCGUUUUCAUGUGUGACCUGUGGAAAAAGUUUUAUUCGAAAACAGGAUUUAACUCAGCACAUGAGGAUUCACACUGGUGAAAAGCCGUUUUCAUGUGGAAAUUGUGGAAAAAGUUUUUGUCAAAAACAAAGUUUAAUUCGGCACAUGAGGAUUCACACUGGUGAAAAGCCGUUUUCAUGUGUGAACUGUGGAGAAAGUUUUAGUCAUAAACCGACUUUAACUCAGCACAUGAUGAUUCACACUGGUGAAAAGCCGUUUUCAUGUGUGACCUGUGGAGAAAGUUUUGUUGAAAAACAUAAUUUAACUCGUCACAUGAUGAUUCACACUGAUGAAAAGCCGUUUUUAUGUGUGAACUGCGGAAAAGGUUUUAGUGAAAAACAGAAUUUAACUCGUCACAUGAUGAUUCACACAGGUGAAAAGCCGUUUUUAUGUGUGACCUGUGGAAAAAGUUUUAGUCAUAAACAGCAGUUAAUUCAGCACAUGAUGAUUCACACUGGUGAAAAGCCGUUUUCAUGUGUGACCUGUGGAAAAAGUUUUAAUCAUAAACCGACUUUAACUCAGCACAUGAGAAUUCACACCGGUGAAAAGCCGUUUUCAUGUGUGAAUUGUGGAAAAUGUUUUAUUCAAAAAUCUAAUUUAACUACGCAUAUGAUGAUUCACACUGGUGAAAAGCCGUUUUCAUGUGUGAACUGUGGAAAAAGUUUUGGUGAAAAACGGAAUUUAACUCGGCACAUGAUGAUUCACACUGGUGAAAAGCCGUUUUCAUGUGUGACCUGUGGGAAAAGUUUUUGUCAAAAAAAGCAUUUAACUCUGCACUUGAGGAUUCACUCUGGUGAAAAACCAUUUACAUGUGUGAACUGUGGAAAAAGUUAUAGUCAUAAACAUAAUUUAACUCAGCACAUGACGCGUCACACAGUUGAAAAGCUGUAGAAGUAUGUUCCAUAAAUGUCCUGCAUUGUAUUUGUUAAAUGUGAUCAUUUUGAUCUUCAUAUUUGGAUACUUAGAGGUGUUCAACCAUGACACAUUUUCCUUCAUUGUUUUAUUUUUCUGGUAUAUUC